UGUGUGAGUGUGUGUGUGUGCGGGGGAGUGUGUGCGUGUAUGUGUGUGAAUGUGUGUGAGUGUGUGUUUUAUUAGAACGGAUGAAAAUGAUGCAAAGCGCCGCCGUGUUGCCCAGCGAGAGCGCCGUGAAGCCCGACAUGCUCGUCCCACUGCAGCAGGUCCCGGAGUGUGCGGGAUGUAACCAACGUAUCCUCGAUAAGUUUGUGUGUAAGGUUCAGGAUCUGCACUGGCACUCCACCUGUCUCAGGUGUGCAGAGUGUGAGGAGCUGCUGAGCGACAGGUGUUACUGCAGAGGAGGACGCGUCUACUGCAGAGAACACUUCUACACACGUUUUGGGACGAAGUGUGCAUCAUGUCAGCAGGGCAUCCCUCCUUCUCAGGUGGUUCGCAAAGCGCAGGACUUCGUUUAUCACCUGCACUGUUUUUCCUGCGUGAUGUGCAGCAGACAGCUGGCCACCGGAGACGAGUUUUACCUGAUGGAGGACGGCCGACUCGUCUGUAAGGUCGACUACGAAACUGCAAAACAGAAUGAUGACUCGGAGUCAGGAGCGAAGCGUCCUCGCACCACCAUCACGGCCAAACAGCUGGAGACGCUGAAGAGUGCGUAUAAAAACUCUCCCAAACCUGCACGGCACGUGCGAGAGCAGCUCUCCUCCGAGACAGGACUCGACAUGCGUGUAGUACAGGUUUGGUUCCAGAACAGACGAGCGAAAGAGAAGAGGUUAAAGAAAGACGCUGGUCGUCAUCGCUGGGGUCAGUUUUAUAAAAGUGUAAAGCGUAACCGCGGAGCGGCGAAGGUGGAGAAGGAGAGUUCAGCUGAGGAUGGAGGGAUGAGUGACAGUGAGCUCAGCUUCAGAGAUGAACAGAUCCUGUCAGAGCUGGGCCACGCUAACGGCCUGUACGAGAGCGCCGGGGACGUUUCCAGCAGCAACAUGAUGAACAGCAGUUUCUCUUUAGAGGCUGCGAGUCCUUAUUCGCCCUCGUCCAUCAGCUCGCUUCCUGGACACGCCCACCUCCUUGGAGGCGUGACCUUCAGCAUGGAGGGGCUGGCAGGUGCGGCGGGUCAGCCGCUCAGAGCCGUGACCUCUGACCUUUCUACAGGCAGUAGCACCGGAUACCCAGACUUCCCCACGAGCCCCGCCUCCUGGCUGGACGAGAUGGACCACACCCAGUUCUGAGGUCAAAAGUCAUUCUGAAGAUAUUCUGAAAAAAAAACAUUUUCAGACAUUGUGAUUUUAGUCUAGCGCAAUUCUAAGGUCAAAGGUAAUGACAUAAAAAAAAAACAAAAAAAAAACAAUGGACACUAAGAAGUGCACACUUUCCUGAAAGGACACUAUUUUGGUUUUAAUACGUCCUGAUGAUGUUUAUCAACAUUCUCUCCUUCUGUGUCAAUUUAAUCAGUUCAUGUACAUUUUUCUGAUUCUUUGAAAGUGUGUGUGCGUGUGUGUGUGUGUGUGUGUGUGUGUGUGUGUGUGUGUGUGUGUGUGUGUGUGUGUGUGCGUGCGUGUGCACAUCAUAUAUUUGCAAACAGCAUAAGAACAUACGCACAUUAUCACAUUACAGGGACAAGAGACACACAAUCGGCCUUGUCCUAUUUCCAGUACUGUUGUUAAUGCACCCUUGCUGACUUCCCCUUGGUGCAGUUACUUUACCAGCUGGAGUGAAGUUAGUUAUUCGAUGAAGAAACAAUUCAACAUCACUGCAGAUUUUAGGAGCACAAAUUACCCACAAGGCUUUUCUUUAAUCUGAUGACACCUGAAGGAAGGCGAUACUUUAUUAGCGACCUCUAGCUAAACGACAUGCUAGUGAUUUAAGAACGAGCCGACGUACAGGAUGUUAAAACGUCGGUUAAUAUUUGUGUGCAUUCCGUUAAACAAUUCAUUCGGUUGGCAAAAGUGCUCACUGGUGAAGGGAAGUGUACAAGGGUUCGUUAAAAACAGUAUCGAUCACCUAUGGCAUGAAUGCUGUUAGCACUGAAGCUACAUGCUAACUGGUAGCACUGGACAAUGCAUGUUCUGUAGUAUUGACAAACGCCACAGUGACGUUAAAGCCUUCUGAUUGGCCACAGAAUUAAAGCUCCGCCCCAUUCCUUUUCCCACACUUUUUGGAGAGGGAUUAUUGCACAAAACAUUUGAUGGUUUAAUUGUUUUCCUUUCAGCGGAGCGACUCGAGCGUGGCACAAGAUUCAGAGUUCACAGCGUGAGUGCAUUACCAAGAACUGCAGCACUUUUUUUUUUAAAUCUAUUUUUAUUUACAUUUAUUGUUGUUUAAAAGCUGCAUGAUCACUUACACUAUAGCAGCUAAGAAUGCAGUCACAUGAUCAGACACUAACAGUCAACUUGUACAAAGAACAUUUUCAGAACAAGCAGAAAACUGAUUGUACUGUUACAGGAAAAUGAAUUUCAGGGUCAUGGUUGUCAUAGUGGGGCACGGUGGCUUAGCGGUUAGCACGUUCGCCUCACACCUCCAGGGUCGGGGGUUCGAUUCCCUCCUCCGCCUCGUG